UUCACUGUCGUCGUCAGGCGUAAACAGCUUGCAAAUUCGAAUUUUUUACUCUCCCCAUUUUUGAACUGGAUUUGGGCAAUGGAGGUGAAUGCAGCAUUUUAGAAGAGAGAACAGGAAUCUCUAGGUGUUUAGAUACGUGGAAGAGAAACUUGUUAGGGGUUGGUGAAGCAGAAGGAAAGAGAGGAUUCAACAGAGGGAUGAGCUUGAAAUGAUUCCACACCUGCGAGUUAAGGUUCUCCAAAGUACUUAUUAUUCAAGUUGGGUAAACCAGUUCAGCAGACUGAGUCCCCAGUGCAUUUUCCAAUGAUGAUAACUGCCCUUAAAAUUCUUUCAGACCUGGAUAUCUACCUGUGUGAGACCAGUAAAGUCUUGAGACUCUAGAUCAGAGACCACCACUAGGCACAAGCAUCACCUGCUUGCAUGAUUAUGGAGAUGGUCUACAUGAUGUUGAAAAUGCCUCUAGUUUUUUGACAACGGCUAAAUAACCAUGGGGUCAAGUGGACUUGGGAAAGCGGCAACGUUAGAUGAACUGCUGAGCACUUGCAUUGAGAUGUUUGAUGACAAUGGAGAGCUGAAUAAUAGUUAUUUGCCAAGAAUAGUUCUACUUAUGCACCGAUGGUAUUUAUCUUCCACUGAGUUGGCAGAAAAACUUCUCUGCAUGUAUCGAAAUGCCAGUGGAGAAAGCUGUGAUGAAUUUCGAUUAAAGAUCUGUUACUUCAUGAGGUACUGGAUUCUGAAGUUUCCCGCAGAGUUUAAUUUGGACCUUGGUUUGAUCCGUAUGACUGAGGAAUUCCGGGAAGUAGUUAGUCAACUAGGAUAUGAGAAACACGUCAGCCUCAUCGACAUAUCCAGCAUUCCUUCCUAUGACUGGAUGAGAAGAGUCACACAGAGGAAAAAAGUAUCCAAGAAGGGAAAAGCCUGUCUGCUCUUUGACCAUCUGGAGCCCAUUGAAUUGGCUGAGCACCUCACUUUUCUGGAGCAUAAAUCUUUUAGAAGGAUCUCAUUCACUGAUUACCAAAGUUAUGUCAUCCAUGGCUGCCUGGAGAAUAACCCAACCUUGGAGAGAUCUAUUGCUUUAUUUAAUGGAAUCUCUAAGUGGGUCCAGUUGAUGGUUCUUAGCAAACCAACCCCUCAGCAAAGGGCAGAAGUCAUCACAAAGUUUAUCAAUGUUGCCAAGAAACUCCUUCAGCUCAAAAAUUUUAACACCCUGAUGGCAGUGGUAGGAGGCCUUAGUCAUAGUUCCAUUUCCCGGCUCAAAGAGACCCAUUCUCAUCUUUCUUCAGAAGUUACAAAGAACUGGAAUGAAAUGACGGAGCUGGUCUCCUCCAACGGCAAUUACUGUAAUUACCGCAAGGCCUUUGCCGACUGUGAUGGCUUCAAAAUCCCAAUCCUUGGCGUCCACUUGAAAGACUUGAUAGCAGUCCAUGUCAUUUUCCCAGACUGGAUGGAGGAGAACAAAGUGAACAUUGUGAAAAUGCACCAGCUCUCUGUUACCUUGAGUGAACUGGUCUCCCUACAGAAUGCCUCUCACCACUUGGAACCCAACCUGGAUUUGAUCAACUUGCUCACGCUUUCUCUGGACCUCUAUCACACAGAAGAUGAUAUUUACAAACUAUCACUGGUGCUGGAGCCUAGAAAUUCUAAAUCGCAGCCUACCUCCCCUACGACGCCCACCAAGCCCGUGGUGCCCCUGGAGUGGGCCUCAGGCGUGAUGCCAAAGCCAGAUCCUACAGUCAUCAACAAGCACAUAAGGAAAUUAGUUGAGUCUGUGUUUAGAAACUAUGACCAUGACCAGGAUGGGUACAUCUCCCAAGAGGACUUUGAAAGUAUAGCUGCCAAUUUUCCCUUCUUGGAUUCCUUUUGUGUGCUGGACAAAGAUCAGGAUGGUCUAAUUAGUAAAGAUGAAAUGAUGGCUUACUUCCUGAGAGCUAAGUCCCAACUACACUGUAAAAUGGGACCGGGAUUUGUCCAUAAUUUUCAGGAGAUGACCUAUCUCAAGCCAACCUUCUGUGAACACUGUGCAGGAUUUCUCUGGGGCAUAAUCAAGCAAGGAUACAAAUGCAAAGACUGUGGAGCCAACUGUCAUAAACAGUGCAAAGACCUCCUGGUUCUGGCCUGCCGGAGAUUUGCCCGGGCGCCCUCCUUGGGCAGCGGUCAUGGGUCACUGCCUGGAAGUCCCUCGUUGCCUCCAGUGCAGGAUGAAGUGUUCGAGUUCCCUGGCGUCGCAGCUGGACACCGAGACUUGGACAGCAGAGCCAUCACGCUGGUCACAGGCUCCUCGCGCAAGAUCUCCGUGCGGCUGCAGCGGGCCACCACCAGCCAGGCCACCCAGACCGAGCCUGUGUGGUCAGAGGCUGGCUGGGGGGACUCAGGGUCCCACACCUUCCCCAAAAUGAAGUCCAAGUUCCACGACAAAGCCGCAAAGGACAAAGGCUUUGCCAAGUGGGAAAAUGAGAAGCCCAGGGUGCAGGCUGGUGUGGAUGUUGUUGACCGAGGCACUGCGUUCGAACCAGACCAGGAUGAAGCUGACAUGGUUGAGACCAGACAGGACGGUGAGGUAAAUGAAGACAGUUCUGUUCAGCAAACACUUGUUGAGCACCUGCUCUGGGCAGGUCCUGUGUUAGAUGCACAAAGAGGAACAACUCUUCGUCUCUGCCCUUGGGAGCUGAGAGCCCAUGGGCAUUUAAGGCAAGAUGACUCCUUAAAAUAGAGUUUCAGAUUCACUAGAACUGACUUAAUCAUGCCAAACAGAUUCAGAGAUCAAUUUGCAGAGAUAUUGCAAGUUAAAUGAAGUUAUUAGGUGAGGGAUUUGUGAUUAAGCUCGAAAAUAUAAGAACUCACCACUUGCCAGCACCUCAGAAAGCAAAUAGCCAUCCCCAAUGUUGGUUCCAUGUAUAUAUACUCUCUAUUCCUAUUCACAAAUGCAAUGAAAUACAUGUUAACAAAAUUAAAAAGAGAAAAUGGCAAUUUAAGUACAAGAAA